AUGGGAACCAGGUCGCCUCCGAGGAAGCUCAGCAAAACGAAGUCUACGAAGAGCUAUGUGUUCCGUCAGGUGCGAGCACCUCAGAACCGUCAUCUGGACGAGAUUGUUAGCUCGGACGUGAAAAAAAUCUCGAACGCUCACUAUUUGGACGAGAUUGCACGCACCAUCGACAGUGCUGCCCUCUGCCGUUGUCCCGUGCGCUACGAUAAAAGCGGAAGCUCAUCAUCGUCGACUAGCAGCGAGUCCUCGUCGCCGCAUCGAAUUGGGAGUAUGUCCGGCGCAGAGUCGCCUGCAUUUUCCUAUGAGAAUCCAAACGUUGCGGACAUGAGUGCGACAGCACAGGCGGCUACAGGCAGCGUUGUUUCGACGAACGCGGAUAAGAGAUCCUCGAACCACGAACAUCGUUUCGUCAGACGCCAACGCAUGUCGUUACGAUCCUCCUCCAGAGCUCUGAAACGUUUUCGUCGCCGACUUCUCGUUUUGGAUAGAUUGGCGACGCAGAAAGCAGCGGCGCAAUGCUGUAUGGCCGGAGACGCACAACAAGAGAAAUACGCUCCAUUGGAGAUCCCCUGGUUGCCAAACGAUGAAGUGACGAAGGAAGCAUGGAACGGAGUGACACUAAACAGCGUCCCCGUGUUCUCGCAAAGGCAUUGA